UCCAUGGCAGGGCCUCGGAGCCAAGACGAGCUAUUAAAUAAUAGAAGAAAAUGGAAUUGAAUAUACCAGCAUGGAACAAUCUAAUGAUUCACUAAGAGUCAACCAUAAUGAUUCUGAAGAAUCAAAAACAGAUUCUCAGGUAUUUGAGCAUCUAACCUGUAUGGACUCCAGGGAUCCUUCCUUUGGACAGAAUGGUUCUCCUAGAGUUUUACCCAUCACCUCUCAUGAAGCAGAUAAUUCACUCACAUCACAGAAUAUACCAGGGGCCCUGACUCAGACACAGACUCUUUCUGCAGAACAGUUCCAUCUAGUGGACCAAAAUGAGCAGCCUAUUCAAUAUGAACUCCAGUCAUUGGGGGAUUCUAAUGCACAAAUGAUGAUUGUUGCCAACCCGUCAGAAAAUGGACAGGUGCUGCGUGUAAUUCCAUCUACCCAGACAGGAAUGGCACAAGUGAUUAUACCUCAGGGGCAGCUUGUGGAUGUGAAUAGUCCUCGGGAUGUCUCUGAAGAGAAACCCAGUGAUAGAAAUUUACCAACUGUAAGAGUGGAUGUUCUAGCGGAUAAUACCAGUAAUUACACUGUUCAUCCACAAGCAUCUGUCACAUUACCCAAAAAGACAGUGGCCAGAAUGCUUGAAGAACCCUUUCUGGCUCCUCUCCAGCCACUUUCUUCUAAUACACCUAUGUGGGCCUGCCGUCUUAGGAGCUGUGAGAAAAUUGGAGAUUCAUACCGUGGCUACUGUGUAAGUGAGACUGAAUUAGAAAGUGUCCUAACAUUUCAUAAGCAGCAAACACAGAGUGUUUGGGGGACCCGCCAAUCUCCAAGCCCAGCCAAGCCAGCUACACGCUUGAUGUGGAAAUCUCAGUAUGUCCCAUAUGAUGGAAUCCCAUUUGUCAAUGCAGGGAGUAGAGCCGUGGUAAUGGAGUGUCAGUAUGGGCCAAGGAGAAAAGGUUUCCAGUUAAAAAAAAUCAGUGAGCAGGAGAGCAGGUCUUGUCAGCUCUACAAAGCCACUUGUCCAGCCCGGAUUUACAUUAAAAAAGUACAGAAGUUUCCUGAAUAUAGAGUUCCCACAGACCCCAAAAUUGACAAGAAAAUAAUCCGAAUGGAGCAGGAAAAAGCCUUUAACAUGCUAAAGAAGAACUUGGUAGAUGCUGGCGGUGUUCUUAGGUGGUAUGUCCAGUUACCUACAAAGCAAGCUCAUCAGUAUCAUGAAUUAGAGACUUCCUGCCUCCCUUUGCCACCUUCUCCUUUUCCUGUGUCUUCUCUUGAAGAAGAGGAAACUGCAAUUAGGGAUGAGAAUUGUGCAUUACCCUCACGUCUACAUCCUCAAGUAGCACAUAAGAUUCAAGAAUUAGUGUCACAGGGAAUAGAACAAGUAUAUGCAGUAAGAAAACAGCUAAGAAAAUUUGUAGAAAGAGAACUAUUUAAACCUGAUGAGGUGCCUGAGAGACAUAAUUUAUCCUUUUUUCCAACUGUAAAUGAUAUUAAAAAUCACAUCCAUGAGGUACAGAAAUCCUUGAGAAAUGGAGAUAAUGUGUAUAACUCAGAGAUUAUUCCAGCAACGCUUCAGUGGACUACAGAUAAUGGGCAUAUUCUCAGAGAGACUGUGACAGUUACAUUUGCAGAAGGAAAUUCACCAGGGGAAUCAAUUAACACCAAAGUGGAAACAAAUCACACAACGGGUUCUUUGUCUCCAGAGCCAGCCCAUUUGCUUUCUUCACUUUCCUCAUUUCAACCAAAAAUAUUUACACAACUACAGGGUUUGCAGUUGCAACCAAGAUUCACUUCUCCUGAUGGAUCAACGGCUCCAAUAUCAGUAAAUAACCACCCUUCCUCCAGUCCUUCAAGACUCCUGGAUUCAUUAGAAAGUACUGUAAUGAGUAAUAAUUCUCUACUGCUUGGUCAAAGUCAUAGUCUUCAAACAGAUACAUGCCUUACCCCAAACAGUAGCAUUAUUGCCUCUACCAUGGGUAGCCUUCCGGGACCAGAUCAAAAUCUGGCUGCAAUGGACCAGCUGGUGGAAGUUGGAGAUGUUGAGGAUACAGAGAAUAUGGAAGGAAACGUUCAUCGGAUUCUGCUGGGAAAUGUGCAGACCAUCCCAAUACAGAUUAUAGAUAGCCACCCAGCUAUUAUUGAAGAAAAUCCAGAAGGUACCAUUUCUGUGAGCCAAGUUAAGCAAGAACCCAAAGAACCAGCAUUGUCUAUGGAAGCAAAAAAAAAUUUGGACUGUAAGAAAUUAUCUGCCACAUAAAUUAUUGAAGCUUUUCAGAAUUUACAACUUGGGUAACUUCUGAUGUCAUAAAAAAGAAGGUAGAAACUGGAACUAUCAA